UUGCAAAUUGUUUGUUUAUUUAUCGCUCCAUCUCAUUUAUAGAUGUAUAAGCUUUAAUCCCGGAUAUGAGGUGCAUUGUAGUAGGGGGUAAUAAUGGUGUUAUUGUUAGUUUAUUUGAGCGGCCUGACAUGGGGAGGCUCAGCACAAUUUACACCAAAUGCCGAGUAACCAUGGAGCACAUGGAGAGUGUUAGUGCCCUGUGAUCAUUUACGGAUCUGUGCGCAUCAGUGGAACGCCUGACGUCUGAUAACAGGGGUAGAAUCGGGAGGUAUUGAUUUGGGAUGGCAUUAGUCUGAUGGAGGCCUGGAUGAAAGAAGACAUUUAAGAAACGUCUCUGUGGUUUUACAAUGAAACAAUUGGAAUGGACGAGAUAUCUCCGUUUGUGUUCUGAAGAAGAAAGUUAAGCAUCCAGCUUUAGAAUCAUUAAACAAUAAAAAAAAAUUUGGGGGGAUGAACUAUAAUCUAAUGUAAUUUUUAUUGUAUUGGUUUAUGUAGGUAAGCAAGCCAUUGGGGUGUGACUUUGUUCCAGCAUCAUCGCAUAAAGACUUGAUUUCAAGAGUGAUCGUUCUUCCUGUCCCUAAAUAUGAGUCAAUCUCUCAUUGUCAACAUCUCGGAGGAAUGGGCCAACAUAAUGAACAGCAGGCACAUGGAUCUUUUCCUCAUCCCCACUGUUCUGCUGACUUCAGUCACUUUGCUGGUCAACCCCGUGUUGUUCCUAUGCAUACUGUGUUUCCCUUCGCUACGUAAGGAGAACCGCUACCUGCUCCUCGCAAACAUGCUCAUAGCCGACGUGCUCUUCCUCACCAUCAACCUCACAGUGGUCUCCUGCAACACGGUGGGCAAGGACAUGCACCACAUUUUGUGCGAGUUCAUGCUGUUUAGCACUGUGACGACGUAUAGCUGUUCCUUGCUCACGGUCACAUUGAUGGUCGUCGACACGUACGUGGCAGUGCGCUGGCCUCUGCGUUACAAUGAGAUUCUACCCCCAUGCAGAGCCAGAAAGAUAAUCGUGGCCUUGUGGGUGCUGUCGGCGGUGUGUCCCAUGUCUUUGCUAGUGGUGUUUGAUGUGUUCAUCAACAAACAGUCUCGUCGAGUGUGUUUGGUGUUGAUUACUCUGCAUUCGAAUCAGAAUGUGACGACCAAAAUUCAUCUGUACUUCAUCAUUGCCGUCAGCCUGUGCACAGCGCUCAUAGUGUACUGCUACGUCCGUCUCUACAUCAUCACUAAGACUUCUGGAAUAUGGCGGAAUCGCUACUCCAGGGCACGUAUGACGCUGUUGGCUCACGCUCUGUUGCUCAUGAUGUAUUUCACUCCGGCGCUGGUCUUUUGGGUUGAGCUGGCUCUUUUACAGGGACAUUAUACCGUGAGCGAGGCCGCAGUGUGGAUUAACCUGGUGAACAUGAGCGUGCUAAUGUUGCUGCCCCGCUUCUGCACGCCUUACCUGUACAUCCUACGGUAUCGGGAGAUUUACAAGACUCUUCAGCAGGUGUUGUGGAAGAAGAGACAUCUCGGUCAGAUCAGGGCAGUCUAGACGUCAAGCGGAACUUGCACAUCAACCCUGGAAAAUGCCUGCUGGAGGGAGGAUGCUGAAAUGUGUUUUGACUGAGCCUUGCUGCGUCUCUACCGAGAAAGUGACUGAAAUAUGAGAAAAUACAUUUAUAUUUAAAGGUCCAAUGUGUCAUUUUUUGGAAGAUCUAUAAAUAGAAAUGCAAUAUAAUAUACAUAACUAAAUGAGGUGUAUAAAGACCUUAAAUAAUGAAGCAUUAUGUUUUUAUUAUCUUAGAAUGAGAUAUUUCGGAAAGCGCCAUUUUGUUUCUAUAGUAGCCCUAAACGGACAAACUUCUCUACAGAACGCUUUAUCUCCUUCGGGAAAGAAGCGAAAGCGUGACGACAUCUUAGUGCUUCGAGAGGGAGGGGUGGAGUGAGCCGCUGGUUGCAAUUCGCAACCUCACUGCUAGAUGACGCCAAAUUUCAUACACUGGACUUGUUAACAUUUACCCUGGUUAAUGUUUUGCAAAGCUGCAAUUCUUCAUACAAUUAUUUUGGAUAAAAACAAAAAUCAGUUAUUGGAACAAAUAUACAAGUUGGUACAUAAUAAAGAUUUUAGCAGUCGGGUAUGAUUUUGCAGGCAAUAUCAAUUUUCUGUGUUCUGUAAAUUUAAAUGUCCUGCAAUUUUCUGUUUCAAGCACAGGUGGUGAUAGUGAGGCAUAUUUACAGAUUGCAUUUGUAAGUCAAAUCAGACAUUUCUUUCCAACUUUAUGCAACUCUAUAAUCCAAUUGUGAUUCAAAUUAUUUUUCGCCAGCCAUGUUUCGUACUGCUGUUUUGUUCACUGCUAAAAUAAAUGUACAUUUCAGAACUGAUUUUGUCUUUUCCAGUUUCCUAUAAGAGAUCAAUCUUUAACACGUGUAGUACUUAGGCCUCU